CUGUGCACAACACGUGGACGAGCACGCGGGCUGAUUAUGCGACGAGACGCAGCCGCACUUUGUCAUAUUGAAAUCCGGAGAGAGAGACCUUGAGAAUGAACGGAGGGAGGAGAGAGAGGGAGACUGCAGGGUCUGGAUGUGUAACCAUGGCAACAGCAGCAGCAGCACCAGCGGCGGUGGGAACGCUCCUCCGACAGACAGCGGUCCUCUGAGUCCGGGCUACCGCCGAGCCGCGCGCGGAUCCUCCCUGCAUCUCUGCCAAGGUGAUGAGCGGGAUCGGAUCAUGUCUGAAGUACAGGGAACGCUGGAGUUUUCUCUGGAGCUGCACAAGUUUCACAAUGUGGAUCUCUUCCAGAGGGGGUUCUACCAGAUCCGAGCGGGGAUGAAGGUCUCGCCUCGGGUGCCACAUCGGCUGACAGUAGCAACACAGAACAGCUCAGGAGAGUGCAGCUUCAGCUCGGCGGGGGUUUACGACGGCACAGUGUUCAGCCGGAUAUUCCAGAUCCUCUACCGAAAUGAGGAGAUCGCUGUGAACGACUGCAUGAUCUUCAAAGUCCACCUCCUGCUGGACGGAGAGAGGGUGGAGGAAGCCUUCAGUGAGGUGGACUUUCAGCUAAAGCUGGAUCUCCAUUUCACAGACAGCGAACAACAGCUGGCAGACAUCACCACAGUUCCCUUGAUCAGCAGCCGGACCCUCGGCCUCCAUUUCCACCCUCGGAAAGGCCUCCAUCAUCACGUUCCAGUCAUGUUCGACUACUUCCACCUGUCCGUCAUUUCCGUCUCCAUCCAUGCCUCACUGGUUGCCUUACAUCAGCCCCUGAUCAGCUUUGCUCGCACAGGGAAAGGCUCUUGGCUGGGAAAAGGCUCUCCGGAGAGCGCCAGCGACCCAUCUGCUGUGUCUGUGGAGAACCUCAUGUUUGGAGCAGGUUACUGCAAGCCUGCCAUUUCUGAGGGGAGUUUUUACGUGCCCAGUGAGAACUGCCUUGAGAGGGCUCACACGUGGCAUCGCCGGCUGUGUCGCCUCCUGCUGGUAGCUCACGGCGGCCUGCACUCCUACUGCACGGCGCUGACGAAGGAGGUCCCACAGCUCCAGCAGAUUCCAGCAGAAACAGAGUUGGUGCCGGUGGAGGAAACCCUGAAUCAGCUCUCCAUACAGUUACAGCUGCAGGGGGGCCACGAGGCGGCAGCGGAGCAGAUCAGUCGGGACAUGAGCCAGCUCUGCUCCCAGCUGGCUGUUCUGUGGAGGCGCUUCCUGGAGGCCGCGGUGCUCAACCCUCACGUCCUGUCCUAUCUGGCUCAGGAGCAUCACACGCUCCGGGUCAGGAGGUUCUCAGAGGCGUACUUCUUUACUGAACACCCUAAAGAGAUGUCCUUGACAUUUCAGGAGGAGCUCAUCAACAGACACGCUCAGAUAGCUGCAGACGUGCGGAGCUCAGACUACUUGAUCAAAAUGCCUCCUCUACCUGUCGAGUGCCUGGACAUCGAUGGAGACUGGAACAGUCUGCCCAUCAUCUUUGAGGACCGAUAUGUGGAGUCUCCUCUGAAAGAGUCGGCAUCACGGCUGCAGACGCCUGAUACCACUGAGGAGCAGAGCCCCUCCCACCGGCCCUUCGCACCUUGUGUAGUGGAGGGAAGCAGUCCAGAUUCAGCAUCAGCAGCAUCAGCAGCAGCCAUGCAGGAAUGUCAGGAACCCGAGGAUCUGUCCACACUUGGCCCAGUCAUGGCAGAUCAGAGCGGACCGGUUAUCAGCACUCAGAACCUCAUCCACCAAGAGCAGAGUGCUGAGGUUUCUCCAGAAGAAGCAGAGAUCUUGAAGGAACUAGAGGAAGAUGAGGGACGAAGGACAUUGGAGUGUGCUGGAGAAAGCAGAAGCAUUAAAGAGGAGACUUCAAAUCCCUCCAUGGAGGCAGAGGACAACUGCCUUCUAACAGCUUACCUGCAUCCAGGUACACCCUUCUUCUCAGGUGACCUCAGAAAAGAAAUGGCUCACCGCGGCUGUGCGGGCACGAAGGUCAUGAAGCGCUCGUCUUCUGUGAUCUCAGACUCUGGCAUCGAGAGCGAGCCCAGCUCGGUGGUUUGGCCUGCAGAGGCUGGGCUUCCAGGACAAACUUCUCAGGACUUUUCCAGCGAACGUGAGAUGCCGAAGCAAACGGUUUGUCACCAGCGCGUCCAUCAGAGCUGCCUGGAGGGCCUGCAGUUAGAGAGCAGCAGCAGCCUCCCGAGUGGUGGCAUUCAAGCGUCUCUGACCUCCAUCAGCUCCUUACCCUACGAGGAGGACAGGCAGCAGAGGCAGCUCAGUAAGCUGACCAAGUCAGCGUCUGCUCCGCAGAUAAGCAGCCCGGAGGACGAAGAGGAAAACUCUGCACUUCCUAAGCAGGAAACAGACAGGAGGAGCUCAGUGCGGCAGCAGGAUCUAUGCAGGAGAAACUGCUCCCUGAACUGCAACCUGGAUUCACAGCAGUAUGAACACGCUCAGUUAGUCAUGGACCUCAGCCACAACCACAAGAAGGUGACUUCUGAAGAGCAUCAGCUGGACCUGUCGGACACAUGUAGGACAGCCUCCUGUGGCGCUUCUGAAGAGCAGCUUUACCCUGCAGACAGUCCUCAUGUGAAAGGCAGAGCUGCUUUGAGGAACCAUCAGUCCCUCAUGAGUGACCACAGCGCCUCAGUGGAGGACGUGCAGCUCACUCAAUCUGGCAGGCCGUCCUGUGAAGGUACGAGCGCCGCACAGGAGCCUCAAUGUUCCCAAGAGAAGAAGCUGGGAGGAGUUUCAGACCUGCCAUGUCUGGAAACAACCUUAGAACAAUCCGCUGAGGUUCUCAGUGCAGCUGGCAUCACUCCGAGGCCCAGCGUCCUCUUGGGGCUGACACCCAGAGAUCCACCUUCAUCCAGCAACCCCACCACAGCGCCAGCGGGGGACAAGGAGCCUUUGGAGAACCACACAAAGCCCUCCAAAAUCCCCACCUCAGGGCUGGCCUUCAUGAACAAGAAGAUGGUGGAGGUGGUUAACAUGUCGGUGUCCUGUGCCCCCACCUGCCUUCCAUUCUCGUCUGUGCUCAGAGAUUCUCCCUCCAUCAGCGGAAUAUCAACUCGCCAGGCUACCUCACCGAUCACCCACCAGCCCCUGGGCUCCUUCGGCAUCAUCUCUUCAUCAUCACUCAGCCCCCUGAACAUGGACGACGAGUCCAACAAGCGGAUGCUGAAUUUCUACAAAGCCAAAGAGGAGCUGCUGAAGGAGCUGAGCUUCCAGGCCAGCCUGUACAGCGACCUCCCUCUCCUGGCUUCAGACCUCCCGUACUUCCCACCUGAGGAAGACGAUGAGGAGUUUGAAGACGGCAUACACCUCGUGGUGUGCGUCCAUGGACUCGAUGGAAACAGCGCAGACCUCCGCUUGGUGAAGACCUUCAUUGAGCUGGGACUGCCACAGUCCAGGCUUGACUUCCUCAUGUCUGAGAGGAACCAGGCUGACACCUUUGCAGAUUUUGACACCAUGACCGACCGGCUGCUGGACGAGAUCAUUCAGCACAUUCAGCUGUAUAACCUCACCAUCGGCAGGAUAAGCUUCAUCGGCCACUCCCUGGGGAACAUCAUCCUCCGCUCCGUGCUGACCAGGCCUCGCUUCCGCUGCUAUCUGCCCAAACUGCACACCUUCCUGUCGCUGUCGGGCCCACACCUGGGCACGCUGUACAACAACAGCGCCUUAGUCAGCACAGGUCUGUGGUUGAUGCAGAAGCUGAAGAAGUCGGGAUCCCUGCUGCAGCUCACCUUCAGGGAUCACGUGGAUCCACGGAAAACCUUCCUCUACCUCCUGAGUCAGAAGCCAGGCCUGCAGUUCUUCAAGAAUGUGGUUCUGGUCGCGUCUCCACAGGACCGAUACGUUCCCUUCCACUCGGCCCGGAUAGAGAUGUGCAGAACCGCUCUGAAAGACAGAACCACAGGGCCCGUCUACACUGAGAUGAUCAACAACCUCCUGCAGCCGCUCGUGGAGGCCAAGGACUGCCGGCUGAUCCGGCAGAACGUGUUCCACGCCCUCCCCAACACGGCCAACACGCUGAUCGGACGCGCCGCUCACAUCGCCGUCCUGGACUCUGAACUCUUCCUGGAGAAGUUCUUCUUGGUGGCAGGACUCAGCUACUUCAAGUAACUCCAUGGGCGCCGCAGAGGAUCCAGUCGUGGAGGAAAAAGUCGGAUAGCGGUGGUUAAACUGUGAACUCAGGUCUGAGUUUGACUUGUAGCCAAACCAAGAGACUGAUGGGAAAACUGGCGCUGUUUGUCUGCUCUGUGAGUCAUAGAGAGUCGUGGUUCAAAGCAUUUCUGUCUCUGCCUAGCCGGUUUGAAGCUCCCUGAACUAACAAAAAGAAACAAACUUCACCUUCAAAUAAGAAUGAAAAUAUGGUCAAAUUGUGUAUUCUUCUGUCCUCUGAGUAUCAGCAGCCACAGUGUGUCAGAGGAGCCAGCAGAUGAGUCCUGUUCAUCUUUAAAGUCUGUAAUACAUGCAAGCAGAAGUGCAGUAUUUGGGGUCUUCCUCGAGGACUGUAUCUGCCCUGUCCAUGGAAAUGAAACAUUAAAACAUGACAGGCCACAUUUGGAGGCCUGUUCAUCAAAUACAGAAAUCAAUGCAAUUAACUAGAUUCAGUUUGUUAGAUGAACAUAACUCUAUGGGAACUAAUUUCUCCAACUUUUUUCCUUUCACCUGUCAAAGUGCAAACAGCAGAGCGAGCUCUGAAACCUCCAGUCUGUUCCUCUCUGCUGUGGAAGGGCUUCUGUUGGGCCAACCAGCAGCCUGAGUCCUGCCCGUCCCAAACCACAGGAAGUGAUCCCCUUCACAGGUCUCCAUGAGUUAUGUGGAUGGCAUAUUUUCCACCUCAUGACAUCUAUUUUUCCUAAUUCUUAAGAACCUCUUUGCGGUCAAGUUCUCAUCCGGUUCUCCCAUGAAACCUGGACAAAACCACUGAUUUCCUGGUUCCUGCUGAGACUCGGCUGUUGGCGCCUCAUUUCACCAAAGGGGGAAUGAUUCUGUUGCCAUGCUCGUCUGUCUUUUCAUUGUUUUUUUUGGCAGGGUUAUUUGAACCUUUUCUCCUGUUUGUUGACACUGUGCACUUUAUGGACCUCUAUGACUUUUCUGAAGUCCAGACCUAAAAAAACAUGCGUGGAAUCUUUUGGCCUCAACCCCUCUUUAGAAAACGAAGCCCAGCUGACCCGUCUGGAGCGUUCCAGCGUUGUCUGCUGAGGACAGAUGACACGCUGAAGAGCUGCAGCUCGCCGUGACAGCGCUCUAACACAGACUGUCACAGGGAUUGACUUUAAUCAAACGAGCUCCUGGUCCUGAAAGAGCCCCCAACCCCCCUCAUGUGGAUGCAGCACCCCUCCAGCCUUUGUGCCCUCAGAGCCGUCUGUUUGCCCAUCGGGAAUCGAUACAGGGGAAAGCGUUUCAGGGCUCGUUCAGAUCUGGGCGUCAAGGGCAGAGAGUUUCCAUGCCCGAGAAACUUUGCUCAUGCAAACCCGAAACUCUUGGACUUCUGGAGCCUGCAGAGGCCUGAGGGUCCAUUUAUGCAGCUCUCAUCUGCGAGAGUGAAUCUGACCCAACAGAUCCUUAAGUGCUGUCAGCUCUGGGAGGAGCUGACCUGAACCUGCGGGUGUGCGAUGCCCUUUAGCAGAGGGAGCGUGACUGAGGUGUUGUUAUUGCUGCUGGAUCACCUUUCAUUGUUGGAGCUGAAUGUCAGCCAUGUUUGAAUUCACUGUGAGUAACAUGUUUUCAUUCCUUUUUUCUGCUGCAGACCGUAAAUCUAACUCACCCGUGCCAACUCUGUCACAUUAAAUGUUGUGGAUCAGACUCUGUUCAUUCUGUGGUAGCUUCAAUGUACAAAUAUAAAUAAAGGUAUAUAUAUUGCAUAGUAUUACUGCAAAAUAUAUGAUACUAGAAUAAAAAAAUGUUCCUUUUG